AUGGGUUCGUCCGCAUCCAAGCCGGUUGCUGCCGAUAAGGCGGCCAGCAGCGAGACGUUUGACGAGAAGGCGGCCAGGUACACGGCCAGCGGCGACUCGUCGCGCGCUACCGCGCAAGGCUCGAGCACGCUCAACCACCAUGCUGCCGACCGACUCGCGCGCAUCCAGGCCGAGACCCUCCAGCGCUUCGGCGGUAGCGCUGCCACCUCGACCACGCUUGCGCUCGCCGACCGCGCACCGGGCAUCUCGCUCAAGUCACUCCCGCACUGGCAGGACUCGGCGCUGUCAACGCAGGCGGCGCGGCUGGCGCAGAUGACCCUGCACAACGCCGCCAUCAACGCAAGCCUGCACAAGCGCACCGUCGAGGUGUCGUGCCAGCAUGUCUUUUCACAUGCCAUCCCCUACGAGGUCAAGCCCGUGGUGAACCAGAAGAACUCCGGCCGCUGCUGGCUCUUUGCCACGUGCAACGUGAUUCGUCACCAGGCGGCCAAAGUGUUGGAGCUCGACGAGUUCGAGCUGUCACAGAGCUACUUGAGCUUCUGGGACAAGCUGGAAAAGUCCAACUACUUCCUCGAGAACAUGAUCGAGCUUGCUGACGAAGCACUCGACCAGCGUGUUGUUGGCUUCCUCAAGACGGCUCCCACCAACGACGGCGGGCAGUGGGACAUGGUAGCCAACCUAUUGGAAAAGUACGGUGUGGUGCCCAAGUCGGUGUUUCCCGAGAGCUACAACUCGAGCUACUCGAACCAGAUCAACUGGCUCGUUACGCUUAAGCUGCGCGAAUACACACUCGAGCUGCGACAGAUCAAGAACGACGUCGAGCGCAAGUUGGGCCAGACGGUGCGGACGCACGAGGUGGCGCGUGCCGUACAACAGGCGCAGCGCGCACGCAAGGACGAGCAGAUGGAAGAGGUCUACCGCCUGCUCGUCAUCUCGCUCGGAACGCCGCCGCAGCCCGAUGAAGAGUUUACGUACAACUACCGCAACAAGCACGGCAAGUUUAUCACGGUGCGCUCGACGCCCAAGAGGUUCCUCGCCGAUUACACGGGCAGUUUCGACCACAAGGAGCGCUGCUCGCUCAUCCACGACCCGCGCCACCCGGCGGGGAAGCUGAUCACCGUCGAGCGCCUCGGUAACGUCUGGGAAGGCACCCCCAUCAGCUACGUCAAUACCACCGUCGACGUCAUGCGCCAAGCCGUCGUCGGCUCCAUCAAGGCCGGCCACCCGGUCUUCUUCGGCUGCGACGUCGGCCAGUUCUCGGACAAGACCACCGGCAUCAUGAACCCGGAGCUGUUCGGCUACGAGGAGGCGUUCAACAUCACACUCGGCCUGUCCAAGGCGCAGCGCAUCGAGCUCGGCGAAUCGUCCAUGACCCAUGCCAUGGUCAUCACCGCUGUCCACAUCGACGACCGCACGGGCAAGGUCGAGCGCUACAGGGUCGAGAACAGCUGGGGCGAGGCGGGUGUCGGCAACGACAAGGGCUUCAUGGUUAUGAGCGACAAGUGGUUCGAGGAGUUCAACUACCAGGUGGUAGUGAGCAAGCAAUUUAUCCCCAAGGACCUCUGGAGUCUGUUUGUCAAGGGCGUCGAUGACAAGACGAUCCGCUUGCCGCCUUACGAUCCGCUUGGUGCGCUGGCUUAG